GGAAUACUCGACGGUGUUCUGUACUCGUAAUUAAUUUGAUUUUAAUUCCAAGUGCGUCUAAUUGUUUUGGCUUCUCGUCCUGUCAUUGCAGGGACGUGUCGAAGAUAUCAUGACAGCUAUAAAGGUACAUGGUGGAAUCGACAUCUUGAGGCUGCCAGUAAAUGAAGAAGUGCAUAUUUGCCUACCUUGGCGUAUCAAAUAUACGCAAUCUCACAUACUGCAUUCCAAAUGCUCCAAGAGUGAGAAUGGCUGCAGCAAGGACAGUGAGGCCUGUCAGUUUUGCGUAUAUAAUAAUACCUUAGAGCUGCCGCACAUGCCUGACAUGGUGUUCCCCAAUAACGUAUUGACACUGACUCAUCAGAACGGAGCAUUGCUGCAAUUCAAUGCUCUGGAUGCUCUGAGGCAUGUGUCCAAUGGGAAGAUCAACGUACAACUGGCGUGUGCAGAGGCAUGGAAAGAAUCUAGAUCAGACAGCAGUGAAUAUUUGGAAGAAAAGGUGAAACCCUUCGAUUGGACGUUCACUACUGACUACACCGGUACAGUAUCCGGCUUUGAGGUUGAGGAGACCAACGAGAGGAUCGAUAUGGAUAAACUGAGGCAGAGAGACAAGAUCCUGUUCUAUAAUGAUUUAACAUUGUUUGAAGACGAACUUCACGACAACGGUAUCGCAGUGAAUUCAGUGAAAAUUAGAGUCAUGCCCAGUAGCUUCUUCAUACUAUUGCGAUACUUCUUGAGAAUCGACAAUGUAAUGCUAAGGAUAAACGAUACUCGCAUUUACCACGAACUCGGCAAGAAUUACUUGUUACGCGAGUUCACGUCGCGAGAAGCCAAGGUUCAAGAUAUCCGAGUCUCCCCGGCGCUCUUCUUGGAGCCGAGCGAAAUAGCGCCCCACUUGCCACUAAAUAGAAGCCAUUAUCACAAGUUGAUAAUACCUGAAAAAGAAGAAGCUAAAUUAAACGAAGACGCGAGCAACUCUCAAGACACGUCCGCGGAGUCGCGGGAUACAUCUGCGACCGAAGGGAAACCAGAGCAACCCGGUACAUUCAUCCGGAGAAUCUUGCCUACGGAGGUGGAGGUUCAGGAAGGCGGGGAAGUUCAGGUGCACCUCGUGCAGGUGUUGAAGGACGAGACGACGUGUUACCUGAGAACUUCGCUUCUCGUCAACUGCAACCUCAAGCUCGCCGGCAACGAAAUGAACACCAGCUGCGACGAGAGAGUGCAUUAUUGGCCGUUCAACGGCGGCUGCGGCUUCUUCAUCACGAAUGUGCAGAAGCAGGACGAGGGUUGGUGGCGGCUCACGUCGCAAAACGACAAAGAAGAGAGGGUGGUGGACGUGAUUAUGAUCAGAGUGUUAGAUACAUUUGUCGAAAGCCCGGAAGAAGCGGAGAUAAUUAACGGGGUAACAUACAGGUUCACGUUCAACGGUGUCCAUGAGUAUUGCAUAAUACAGAAUCCUCACGACAGCUACGCCAUGAUCGAGAACAACGAGUGCAGUGUGGAGAUACCGAAGGUCUCGGCGGUGGACCACGGGAAUUGGAGCGCCAUAGUCGGCGUGCCGGGCCUGGUCGAUGAAGUCGUGAAGACGAUGAAGCUGACCGUUUUCUAUGAACACGUGGAGUCCGGAUACACCGUCUCUCCCAAUCCCGAAGCCUUACAUCUGUACUGCAACUACAUAGCAAUAAAUACUGACUUGAGCUUGUGCAGAUUCACGCAAUCCUCGGUCGAAAAGAUGGGGCUGAGAUUGCGCGAAGGUAUGCGCAAAGGCCGAUACGAAUAUUACGGCAAGGGACUGGACGCGGGAGAGUGCGGUCUGACGAUUCAAUCUCCGCAGGAGAAAGAUUACGGCACCUGGUACUGCCUGAUCAGGCCGCGGAAUACCGUGCAUAAGUCGCCUAUCGUAACAGCCAUACCAGUGUUGAAAGUUAUGAACCAGAGUUCACCCGCGAGCAAUAAAGUGAAAAGAGACGUGGUUAUUUCACCUAACUCGUCCUCCGUCUCGCCUGUCAUUACAACCAAAGGGGAAUUCCUUAGCCUGGAAUGCUUCUCGAGCGAGCUUUUAAUCUACUGCUGGUUCUCCAAGCCGGAUGGGAAAAUUUACAAAAGCCCGAAUAACUCGAACACGAUAUCGAGAAAUCUGCUCAGUCAGUCAGAGACCGCCUGGCUCGGUCGCUGCGCGAUCACGAUCGAUAAGGCCGAGCAGGAGCACAACGGCAAGUGGAUUUGCCACAUGGGACCCGCUUCGCCCGGCGUGGAGCUCACCGAGGAGAUCCAUGUUCGGAUAGCAGAAACGUCUCUGGCGGCGGUGCAGAAGUUCGUGUCGUACGAUGACGACUAUAGGAUCACCUUCCAAUGUAAAACCGUACCGUACGCGAUGGCACUUAAAUACUGCAGGUUUCAGUCGCCGACUGGAUUCGGUGUAACCGUCGACGAACGAGUCAACGAAAGCAGUCCCAUCGUGUAUGACAACGUACGUUAUUGGUACAACGGGGAUGGCCUCGCAGCCGGCCAUUGCGGACUAAUAGUCGAGCCUGCGAAUUCGAUGCACAAGGGAAACUGGACGUGCGCGGCGACCAUCGAGUUCGAGGACACCGAGACGACGUCCGACAUGAUUCAUGUCUCUUAUGAUAAAUUAGUCCGGGAUGCAGGCAGUAACACUUCGACCGUCCUCGGCAUCGUCUUCGGCUCCCUGGGAUUCAUAGUGGCGCUGACACUCUUAAUAAUACUCGGUAUCCGGCUCAAGGAAAGAUAUCGGAAUCGUUCGUGGCAAAAUCAGAAUAUGGAUGUGAUGCGGGUACAAGACGAUCUCUCUCUAAAUACAGUGCAGACCGACCUCUCGAUUGUGAGUAGGCCGAGCACUAGUAGAAAUAACGACACUGAUGGAAAUAGCAGUGGUAGAAGUAGUGAUGGUAACAGUAAUAGAAGUAAUACUGGCAGUGGUAGUAAGAAUAAUAACAGUCCCGAUCCAAUGCAUAUGUAACUGAUAACUUUUGUUUACGUAAGCAGAAAUGUAUCAGAUACUUGUCACGCACCUGAGUUAAAUACGUGUCGCAUCGUUGCAUUCGCCGGCUGUUAUUAACAUUAAAGGUAGCAUUGACGGUUCAA